UCUGGAGCUGAAUCGACUAACAACUAACUAGCUAGCUAAACAAACCAAAAACAGAUCAGAAGUACAAUCAAUAAGCACUGUAAACGAAUUAUAAUAUAUCGGAAUAUCGACCUUCUUCGCACUCAGCAUUUUAUUGUAUUUUGUAUUAGUCUUUGCCCUAGUCGAAUAUAAAUGGUUUGUCGACUUCAUACGUUUGAUAGCGAGCUAGCUAGUAAUGGUACUGUUUUUUAUUUAGUUAGGUAGCUACUACAGUAGUACAUAAUUGAAAGAACGUGUUCUGUCUCCAUCAUUGUAGAAAAUUAGCUACUGUGGAAUUCACCUGGAAGUCCAUCGACAGUAAACUGUAAAACGUUCGCUAGCAAUCUAUCAGUAUCACGUAUUGGUGAGAAAUAUCUCCUCAUCUCAACCCAUCUGCCCUCGGCUCGGAGAUCAAAAUCCGAGAGUAGGGGGCACAAACUCAGCCUCCAAAACGAACAGACAGGAGACACAAUACGUCCUCAGGAUGCCUCUGUUCUUCAGAAAGAAGAAACCCAGUGAGGAUUCCAAGAAGCGCCUGGAGUACCAACUCUGCUUGUCCAAAGAGGCAGGGGCGGAUGACAUUCUGGACAUCUCCGCUUGUGAGCUUACAGAGGUUCCAUCUAGUGCCUUCUCCAUUUGCAAGGUGUUACAGAAGAAGGUCUUCAUUCUCCAUGGAAACCAGCUGAAGUCCCUGGUGCCCAAAGGCUGUUGUAUCAGCUCUCUGGUCACACUAAAGGUGUUGGAUUUGCAUGAGAACAAUCUCACUUCCCUCCCUGACGAUAUAGGACAACUAGCAUCUCUGCAGGUGCUGAAUUUAGAGAAGAACCAGAUCAAGUCCCUGCCGGACUCCAUCGGUGAUCUCAGACAUCUGCAGACGCUCAAUGUGAAAGGGAAUUGUUUAAAUGGUCUGCCUUCCUCCGUGGGCCGUCUGUGCAGUCUGCGCACACUGGACCUGAGUGAGACCAGCGUGAGGGAGUUACCACAGGAAUUGGCACUCGCACGCACUUUAGAAAGCCUGACCCUGGACGCUGCUCAGAUGUCCUACCCCCCCGCCUCGGUGUGUAAUGUGGGGACGGAGGACAUCCAACGCUUCCUCUGCAACGAGCUGGGGGAGGAGUACUGUCCUCCGUCUCAGUACCUUCUUCCCGUGCUGGAGGGGGACUCCGGGAAGCAGAGCUCAGACAAUGUGGACGGGCUGGAGGUGGCCUGGCAGAGUAAGUUCAACGACUACGAGAAGAGAAAGGAGCAGAGGAAUCACGAGAAGCUAGUGUUUGAGCGCCAGCUGGAGGAGAAGCAGAAGGAGCACCACCAGCUCCUCCUUAUGAAUAACUCUUACAAGGAGAACAUCCUGAUGUCUGUCAAACAGGAACAGGAGCGUCUGGAACUAGGUGUGUCGGUUCAGCAGAAGCUCCAGGAGGCGGAGAGACAGAGGACUCUGAAGAAGGUUCGCCAAGCCGAGACGGGCAUUACAAGCCGUAUCAGCAACCUGUUAAUGGAAAACAAACGACAGAGAAAGAGUGCAGAGUUUCUCCAACAGUUGGAGGAGGACCGGUUACGGCUGGAGCAGCUGACAGCCAUCACUCAAGAGGAGACUGAUUCACUUAGGAAGAAAGACGUAGCAGGGGCCAUGCAGAAGAUGUUGUCAGAGAGCUGCACCAUGCGCUUGUUGCAGGAGGCCAGUGACUCACGCAGACAGAACCUGGUGACAGAGACCUGUAGGAGUCUGGAGAGCCAGGACAGGAAGUUCGAUCAGGUGCUUUCUCUUCAGCAGCUAGACAAAUCCAAAGCCAUUGCUCAAAUCCUACAGGAGGAAGAGAUGCAGAAGGCUGCCUUCCAAGCGUUGCAGCUCCAGAAGGACAGUGUGCAUGGCUACAUCCGGGAGCAGAUAAGGCUAAUAGAAGGAGAGUUAAUGCAACUGACUAGACUGGAGGUAAAGAGACGCGACCUGGACACUGAGAACCUGCAGGAGGUUCUGUUGGACCAGCGCUCGGCCCUCAGCGACCUCCUGCAGCAGCUGCUGAAGCAGAAGGACCAGCGGGAGGUGGAGCUGCGACAGGUGCUGGCUGAGAUGGAGCUGAAAAGUGACUCCAACCAGCAGAACUACUGGAUGAUCCAGUACCAGAGGCUCCUGGAUGCCAAGCCGCUGUCGCUGCGCAUGGAGGAGGCUGGUGUGGAGAGGGACCUGGUCAAUCUGCUGUGUACGCUGUCGGCCCAGCACUACCUCCCCAUCAUGGCCCACCACAGGGUCACGGCCCAGGCCCUGCGUCACAUGACCCCCCAAGACCUCAGCAAGCUGGGAAUCAAUGAGAUGGGAGUCCAAAAGGCUCUUCUUAACUGGGCUAAGGACCAGCCAACCGAACUGCUUGAAGAAGGGGUCUGUAAGCCCUAUGCACAGGAAGUGGCAGCAGUCCUGUCACCGUCUACUCAGCCCAGCGCCCCUGACCAGACACCGAGCCCUCAGCUGACCCCGGUCACCCCGUCCGCGCCCAGCCCCAUGGAGGCCCCGGGCAGCUCAGAGUGCGUUGUGUGCAUGGAGAUGGAGUCUCAGGUCAUCUUCCUGCCCUGUGGUCACGUCUGCUGUUGCCAGGUGUGCAGCGAUGCCCUCCAGUCGUGCCCCCUCUGUCGCAGCAACAUCACCCAGCACGUGCGCCUCUAUCACGGCUAAAGGGGCCCGGACUGACCCCCCCCCACCCCCUUCCCCCGCGGAUCCGCCGGCCCUCGGUCCAGCCCGGGAACCUGGUCACGAACUCACUCAUUCGCUCUUGUCUUUUGCAUGGCUAUAUUUGCAACAGCAUCAUAUCGGUUUACCAAAAAUUACCACAUUUUUCUUCACACAUUGUACCCCAAAAGGGACAAGUGUGUGUGUGUGUGUGUGUGUGUGUGUGUGUGUGUGUGUGUGUGACCGUUGGCCUUUCUACUAUUCGAGAACUUCGUCUACUCCUUUCUUCUCUCUCCAUGUAAUAGAUAGUAAUGGCCACUGAUAUACCGUCUAAAAUAUAUAUCAGUCAGUGUAUAAGAAAUCGAUUCAUAUUGUUAUUCAUAUAAACAAUGUUGUGAGGAGGGUGAAUGUUCACAGUUAAAUACCGUUCAAAGGUUUGAGGUCACUUAGAUCCUUGUUUUCCAUUAAAAAGGAAUUCGUUUGAAAAAUAAAUAUAGCUAAGGCAAUAGGAAAUAAAGUAAUUGACAAGA